GUUGAAGAUUAUAUAAAAAAAGGCGCAGUUGUUAACGCUAAAGACAAGGAUGGUUGGACACCAUUACACUAUGCAGUUCAAAAUGGUUACAAUGAGGUAGUUGGUGUUUUAUUGAAUAAAGGUGCUGAUGUUAAUGCUAAGACUACUGAUAAAGGCAAUACACCACUACACAUAGCUGUUUCUAAAGGUAAUGAUGGAAUUAUUAAAAUUUUAUUACAACAUGCUAGCAAACUUAAUUCUAUUAAAUUCAAUGAUUUUAUCAAUGCUCAAACGACUAUUAAAGGUACCACGGCACUACACCUUGCUGCUGAGAAAGGUAAUUUACAUGUCGUAAAAUUAUUACUAGAAAAUGGUGCUAUUGUGAAUAUUAAAAAUAGCGUAGAAGAUACUCCAUUGCAGGUAGCAGAAUCCCAAUAUGAAGUUAAGAAAUUACUUAACAUUAUCGAAAAAACUAUUUCAAGCUGUUCAAGAUGA